UCUUUACUUAAACUUGAAUCAGGAGCGGAGCAGCAAAGUUUUCAGAGCCAGGACGGCGUUGCCUAGCAGCUGCGGGAGGACUCUGACCACUUCACGUUCGCUUUUUUACCGGACUUUCCCCUCUCCUCCUUCUAUCAUCUGAAAUUUUGAAAGUCUCGAUACCAAACAUGUCCUUCACGGUGACACUGAAGGGACCCUCUCCAUGGGGUUUUCGCCUGGUGGGAGGACGGGAUUUUAGCACACCGUUAACCAUCUCCAGGAUAACAUCUGGCAGCAAGGCGGCCCAGGGUGACCUGUGUCCGGGUGACACCAUUUUGGCCAUCAAUGGGGACAGCACAGAGUUCAUGACACAUAUGGAGGCUCAGAACAAGAUCAAAACAUGCACUCAGGAGCUCACACUCAUCAUCAGCAGGUCGGGAUCUGGAGAGAGAGUGUGGUCACCAACUGUCAGCGAAGAUGGAAAGAUAAGUCCGUUCGCCGAGCCUGAUGCACAGAAUUUCCGUCCCAUCAGCAGCAGUUCUGGCAGCUACGGACGUAAACCUUCGUACACCUCUGAUCCACAGUCCCCUCUCACUCCUCAGCCCACUCACCUGAACAAUGGACACACCAGACCCAACAACGGCCACAGCUAUGGAUAUGGGAACGGAACUGGGCAUGCUCAGUACAACAACCCAGCAGGGCUUUAUGCUCACAAUGGCAGCAACGGGGACAGAUCCCUGCCAGGCAAGAUGGGGGGUCUCAGCCUGAGCGCCACACACAGUCCAGAGCCUCCUCCGCAGUCCCCAGUGAGUCGUAAUGGUUUCGACCCCCAGUCAGAUGUCUACAAGAUGCUUCAGGACUACGAAGAGCCCGUCUCUGCGCCCAAACAGUCUGGCUCCUUCAAAUACCUGCAGGAGAUCCUGGACGCUGAGGACGGAGGUUUGUCACCAACAGAAAGAAUGAGAAGCUUAAGAUCUCCGGUCAGGUCACCCAUACCAAAGCUGGGCAGCCCGAUCCCCAGCCCCAUGCCUGGUCUGCAGAAGCUCCCCCAGUGCUCACGCUGCUGCAACGGCAUCGUUGGCACAAUCGUAAAGGCCCGGGACAAACUCUACCACCCAGACUGCUUCAUGUGUGACGACUGCGGCAUCAACCUGAAGCAGAGAGGCUACUUCUUCAUUGAGGACAGUCUGUACUGCGAGACCCACGCCAAGGCCCGCGUCCAGCCGCCUGAGGGCUACGACGUGGUCGCCGUGUAUCCUAACUCCAAGGUGGAGCUGGUCUAAGAGGACGAGACUGGCUUCAUCUGUAGCAGAAACGGGGAAACCAAAAUCUAGUGGAGUGAGGAGCUGAGCGUCGUCACCAGCUGUGAUCAGGCUCUGUCGCGUAGGACUGCUGAUCUUGGAUCAGUUUCGCCUCCCUUGGUGGGGGGGAGUGGUGUGAAAUUUCCAUGAUCCCA